ACCUCCCCAUGGCUCCUUAUCACAUCCGCAAGUACCAGGAGAGCGACCACACACAGGUCCUGGCCUUGUUCACCAGUGGCAUGGAAGAGCACAUCCCUGCCACCUUCCGCCACGUGCUGAGGCUGCCCCGAACCUUCCUGCUCUUACUUGGGGUACCUAUUGCUCUACUCCUGGUCUAUGGCUCAUGGAUCUUGGCUGGUUGUUGCACCUGCAUGCUUCUUCUUUUCCUGUGGUUCAUUGCAGAAUACCCUUGGAGGCAGUAUGUGUCCACCUGUUUGCGCACAGAUCUGGCUGAUAUCACCAAGUUCUACCUGAGCUCCCGUGACUCCUGCUUCUGGGUGGCUGAGUGUGAGGGGCAGGUGGCGGGCAUGGUGGGUGUCCUGCCUGUCAAGGAUUCUCCCUUGGGGAAGAAGCAGUUAGAGCUGCUGCACAUGUCUGUGGCCUUGGAGCACCGGGGAAAGGGGAUAGCUAAAGCUCUGGCCAGGACUGUUCUCCAGUUUGCCCGGGACCAGAGCUGCAGUGAAGUUGUCCUUGAGACCACAAUGAUGCAACAUGGGGCUCUGGCUCUCUAUCAGGGAAUGGGAUUCCAGAAGACUGGCCAGUCAUUUUUUACCAUACUAAGAAGGCUAGUAGAUAUACCUACAUUUCAACUAAUGUACUGUCUCCCUACUGUUCAGAGGGUGGACCUAUAA